CAUUUCCCCGCUAAGGCUGCGACUACGGUGGGCCGCGAGGUACAGCCGCACGCAUGUCCGCUGUCGGGCAGCGUCUGCGGGAAAGGCCCAGAAGAGACCGUUUGUUCUUUUCUUUGCCUCUGUGCCCAGGUGGUGCCAGCUCUGCUUUCUCUCGCCGGUUACCCAUUGCCGGCCUUCCACUUCAGCUUUGCCUUGAGGGGCGGAGGUGGCGGCUGCUACCCCAGCGGACCCCCGCGCCUCCAUGGGCCCGACCCCGAAGUCCAACGUGUGCAGCCAGCUGAGUCGCCGCGCUCUGGGCUUCUUUGCUCGGGACGCGGGCGUGGUGCAGAGGACGAACCUGGGCAUCCUGCGGGCGCUGGUGCUGGCGGAAAGUACUAAAUUUAAGAAUGUUUGGACCACUCAUUCCAAGUCGCCUAUAGCCUAUGAGAGAGGAAGAAUAUAUUUUGACAAUUACCGGUGCUGUGUCAGCAGUAUUGCAUCAGAACCAAGAAAACUUUAUGAAAUGCCAAAAUGUUCCAAAUCAGAAAAAAUUGAGGAUGCUUUAUUAUGGGAAUGCCCAGUGGGUGAAGUACUUCCUGAUCACUCAGAUUAUAAGUCCUCACUGAUCGCACUGACUGCUCAUAAUUGGCUGCUUCGUAUUUCAGCAAGCACAGGGAAAAUCCUAGAGAAAAUAUACCUUGCUUCUUACUGCAAAUUCAGGUACUUGAGCUGGGACACUCCUCAAGAAGUCAUUGCAGUCAAGUCAGCUCAGAACAAAGGCUCAGCAGUGGCCCGGCAGGCCGGCAUUCAGCAACCUGUAUUGUUGUACCUUGCCGUGUUCCAGGUUCAACCGUUUUCACUUGUAGGGAUUCUAGAGAUCGACAAAAGGAUUUUCGGGAACGUUACAGAUGCUACUUUGUCUCAUGGAAUACUGAUUGUGAUGUACAGCUCUGGACUAGUCAGACUGUAUAGCUUCCAAGUUAUCAUCGAACAGUUCAUGCAGCAGAAACUUGACUUAGGCUGUGCAUGCAAUUGGGGUGGGACUACUGGAACUGUAGGAGAGGCUCCCUUUGGCAUCCCUUGUAAUAUUAAAGUCACAGACUUGCCGCCGCUGCUCUUUGAAGUCUCAUCCCUGGAGAAUGCAUUUCAGAUCGGAGGCCAUCCAUGGCACUACAUCAUCACACCUAAUAAGAAGAAACAUAAGGGGAUUUUUCAUAUUUGUGCCCUGAAAGACAAUGCCUUGGCAAAAAAUGGGAUCCAAGAGAUGAAGUGUUGCUCUCUAGAAUCUGACUGGAUCUAUUUCCAUCCUGAUGCUUCUGGAAGAAUAAUACAUGUUGGCCCAAAUCAAGUCAAAGUUUUGAAGCUAUGUGAGGUAGAAAAUAAUAGUUCUCAGCAUCAGAUCUGUGAAGACUUUGUCAUUUUUGCCAAGAGGGAAAACAGAAAUGAAAACUUAUUCACAGUUACAGCGUCUGGACGGGUGGUAAAAAGAAGCUCCAGCCUUCUGGAUGAUGACCCAGAACAAGAGACUUUCAAAAUUGUGGACUAUGAAGAUGAACUGGACUUGCUCUCCGUAGUGGCUGUCACUCAGAUCGAUGCUGAAGGAAAGGCUCACCUGGAUUUCCACUGCAAUGAAUACGGAACUUUACUGAAGAGCAUUCCCCUAGUAGAAUCGUGGGAUGUGACAUACAGCCAUGAAGUCUACUUUGACAGAGACUUGGUGCUCCACAUAGAACAGAAACCCAACAGGGUCUUCAGCUGCUAUGUUUACCAGAUGGUAUGUGACCCUGGAGAAGAAGACAUCCUAAAAAGAAGUGGCUAAAGAGUGAGAUAAUUUAACUUUAGACUUCCAGCUAUAUCCGGUACUCCUCUUUUUAACUUUCAAAAAAACUUUUUAUUGACAACUUCCAUAAACAAUAAAACAUAAUCAUAA